UUUCCAUUGCCGGCAAUGGUAGCAUUUUAGUUCACAGCACCACCUGUAGUGUGCAGGAGAGGAUCGAUGGGUUAAUCAACAAACAGCCUUGUAGGAGUCGGCACCGCUCCCGACUUGCCUCGCGGAAAACAUCGAAGCAAAUGUCUUUAAUGGAAAUUUAUUCGGAGUGGGCAAACAGUGUGGGCACAGCCGGUCGACAUUAUCAAAUCCAACUUCUUGUAAUUCCCCAAGAUUCCUGCUGAAUAAAACAAUGGACACAGACAGUGGAAUUCUGAGUUCCUGCAGCAAUAUAUCAAGUUCUGAAACGUAUAAAGUGGGUAAAGAAAUGCUCUCAGCAGUUGGUCUGGAGGAUGUCUAUCCAAUAGGUCGAUAUGACAGACAAUCUGAGAGGAAAGUCGCCUUAACAUUAUUGCAGUCUGAGAGCAGAAGAUGUACUCUAACCGAAUGUCUUCAAACUGCCUGGUGUACAUUAAAAGAACAACGCGAACGUAUAUGCAAGAAGGAUAUGGAAGUGGUCAAUCAUAGUGCGGUAAUUGACAGCAUGAUAUUAAAGCAGAAGCUGUUGGAAACUAAGGUGGGACUACUCCUCAAAGAGGAGGGGACCUCUUAUGGAGUCAGGCUGGAUGAAGCUCGAAGAGGGAGAGAACUCCAGAACAGGAUCUGGUGCUUGGAAGAGGAAAUUGAGCAUUUUAAUCAAAAAUUAGGACAACUGACCUCGAAGAGAAGAGAUCCCGAGCCUACAAUGUCCUGUUAUCUGACAGAGGAGAACAGAGAGCCUAAGGGACAGCCACAAAACUAUUUGCAGACCUUAAGUGACUCUUUGGAGUGCCGACAGGAACAUUGGAACUUCAAAGAAAUGAAUGAAGGUGGAGAUCCAGCCAGUAACACACAUGAGGAGGACCUCCGUGAACUGGCAUCUUGCCUUGUGGAUGCUGAGAAUGGGAAAGCAUCAUUGGAGAACCAAGUGUCAGAGCUACACACUCAGCUAUUCCAAACUAAAUGUGAGAGCUAUGGUCUGAAGAAACAACGCCUGGAGUCAGAACUGCAAUUAACCGCAAAUCGAAAUAUAAAUGAAAGCCUUUUGUGGGAGAUAACAAGACUGAAACAAAGCUUGCAGGCUUUGGAACAACAAAUUGUAAACCUGCCGAGUGAAAAGACAACUUUAUCCUCUCAGCUGAAGACACUAGAAUCUGAACAGCAGCAGUUAUCUAAUGAGAAAAAGCUGUUGGUGGAAACACUGAAAGGAAUGAAGUGUCUCAGAUGCAGUGACUCCUUGUUACUGAAUCAAUUUGAUGGCAGGGUGUCAGCAAUAGACCUUCACAAUAUGCCCUCCAAAUCAUGUCCGCAGUGUAAAUUUCUUCCAACAAAAGAAGAAUCAACUAAGGAUAAUGUGUACUUUAAUGAUUGGGAACAAAUGGGAGAUGUUAAGGAGGAGGUGAGCACAGUCAGUAACUCCAUCAAGGCCACAGGAACAGAGCUACAGAGGACUGACAUGGAAACAGAGCAGCAAUUGGGGAAUAUCUUAAUUUUCAAUCAAGAUCAUCAAGAAAAUGGGAAAGCAUGGAAAGAUUUGAGAUAUUCAGGGGAAGGGUUACAACAACCAAAUACAGAUCCGAUCAACACUCGGAACAACAUAAACCUGAAAGUUGAAGAACUUUUGGAAAAAAUAGAAGAUUUUACGAAGCUAAAUCUGAAACUGGAGAAUGAUAUAGACCAGAUAUUGUGCAAGUUGAGAAUGCAGACAGCUGAAGCAAAGGGCCUUGAACUAUCCAAUGAAUGGAACAGAAAGCAACUUCUACAUCUUCUGAGCAAAAACAUUGACCUCAGGCAUGAGAACCAGAUAAAGGCCAACCAGCUCACAGUCCUGAUCAUUGAACUUCACCACUCCAGAAAAGCUUAUCAAACACUUUCACAAAGCACAAAUUGCCCUGAAGACACCUUAUCAGCUGAAUGGAUAAACCGUCUGCGAUUAAUUAAGAACGCUGUUAAAAAAAUUGAAACCCAGCAGCUGAAACUAAACCUCUUGAAAAAAGAAAAUGAGGAGUUAAUGGAAAAGUCUGAGUUGGAAUCACUGCGAAAUAUGGAUGCAAAAUUACGAGCAUUAAAUGCGAGCACUCGAGCCAAGAUACAAAAGAUCUGUGAUCUAACUCCACUCUAACUUGUGGAGUGAGAUUAACAGCAGAGGUCCAUGUAAGGAAAAAAUAGGAAGACAUGAGGAAGACAAGAUAUGAAGAAAAAAUAGAUUGGAAGUGCUGGAAUCUGGAAAAACAACAUACCAUGAAAAAGCUCACUGCGUGAAUCAGCAUUUGUGGAUGCAAAAGAUGUAAAUCAACACUUUGGGUCAAGACCCUGCAUUAGGCUGAUUGUGUCAACAGGGAAGACUAUCAGUAUUUCCAGCUCUUUCUACUGACAUCUUCCCAAUUCCCUUUUAGUCCUCAUGAAUAAUCUCAACUUGUAAUGUCGAUUUAUACCUCUGCAGCUGCUAUUUGACCACUGUGUUUUCAGUGUUUUGUUUGUUGUUGAUGAACAAAGAUGUGUUGGUGAGAGUUCAGAGGUCGGGCGAGGUUUUCAGAGAUUGAGAAGCACAAGUAUCCAUUUUCCUUUAUCGGGGCAGAUUUUAAAAUGCCCAGUGAGAGAAACCUCUGGAAGAUAUUCUGCCACUGAGUCAGUAAACUGGUUUAAGUCUCGAGAUUAAUCCGUAAAUCAGGAAUACUUGAGCACAGGCUCAACUUCGUAGGACAGGGCAGGCUUCAGUACAGCAGCCAGUCCUGAGAAUGCAGGCAAGCUGACAAAAUCGAUCAUGCUGCAGAAAUUCUCUGGCUACACAUCCAGGGAAGAAACUACUUUAGAAACAGUCUGUGCUUUCAUUAAACAACUUUUCACAUCGCUGACAAAUAUUCAAAUAACAAAGACGAGCAAACAAAUAAGCCAUCUUCCCCAUCAGCUCUUCAUGGCACAUGUGGCCAUGUACAGGAACUCAUUUAUAAUAUAUUUGCAUUGUAGCAGUCAAUCAGCACUGAAGCCAGUCAACAAGCAUGAUACUUAAACUUUCAGCUUCUUUUAUGAUUUAACCAGCUUUGGGUGGCAUAGUGGUGGUGCAGCUGGUAGGACUCCUCCCUCAUAUGAGGGGCACACAUACGGUGAAUGGCCACAGUCCUUUUCCUAGGUUAGGAGACUCUAAAAAUGUAGGUUUAAAAAGGGAAGGGGAAAGAUUUGAAGAGGACCUGAGGCACUGCAUUUUCAUAUAUGGUAUAUGGAAGAAGCUGCCAGAGGACACCGUAGAGACAGGUAGAAUGACAAUGCUUAAAAGAUAUUUAGACGAGUACAGUAUAUAGAUAGGAUGUGUUUAGAGCAAUAUUGGCCAAAUACAUCGAAAUUGGAAUAGCUCAAGUAGACAAAUAUAUUGGCGUAGAUGAGUUGGGCUGAAUGGCCUGUUUCCAUUCUGUAUUACUCUAUGACAACCCAGUGAGUGAGGAUCAAUCCUACCCUCUGGCACUGUCCAUAUGGAGUAUGCACAUUGUCCCUGUGAUCAUGUUGAUUUCCCACAUUCCAAAUAAAAUCAGUCUGGAAGUUUAGUCGGCCACUGUAACUAACUCUGCUGUCUAUGUGAGUGUUGGAAUCUGGAGAAAGGGUUUUGAAUGGAAACAUGGAGAGAAUAAAAAAGAAUGUGAUUGGUUUGGAUGGGUGCUUGGUGUGGACUCAGUGGUUCUGGUUCUGCCUCUCUGAGAUUCUGGUUCUGCCACUCAGAGAGGAAUUUGUCUCUGAGAGUGGUCAAUGAUCCAGUUUCUGUGCUGUUCUCCUUCUCUCUAAGAACGGCAACAGGUAUUGUGGUGCAUGUUUAACAAAUGCAUAUUACCGAGUAUUAGCCUUUAUUUCUGACCUUUUCUAUUGGCAGCCUGCGAUGGAACACUGAAUCCUCUGCCUGCUUUAUCUUUAUACAGGCAUCUUGGCAGCUUCAUGACUGUAGAACUCAUUGUACACAUUGUAUCUGCAUGUGCUUCAGUAUGUCACCUGGCUAUUUCUGGUCUGGUGCUUUCUUUAAGCUUUAAAUCUGAUAACAAUAUACCAGAUCCCAUUCAUCCUGAAAUGAAGACUUCCAAAACAGGAAAGCAUCUUAUAAGCUCAUUGUCCUGUCGAAACCACCCAUUAUUCUAAUAGCCCAACUGUCCCAGUGAAUUUUAUCCUCUCAGUGCAUUCUUUUCUAAGCUUACACUUAACAGUUAUAUUUAGACAGAGGUUUAGAAGAGGAUGGGACUUAAAUGUACUUAAUUUUGCUUGGUAAAUUGUUGCAAAUAUGUUCAUCUUUAUUGGAAAUUGAUCAGGACAAACCCUGCAGAAAUAUAUGUUCUGAUUUUAAAUAACAUAAUGUUCACUGAUAAACUAUAUGUGCAAUUUGUACUGAGCUGCCUGAACUCAUGUGUAUGGUUCCCAACAAUUCAAAUGUUCUUCCAAUAUGAUAAAUAUGUUUAUAUUUUAUAACUCUAAAAUUUGUUUCAGAAUCAGGAUUGUGUUUAAUAUCACCAGCAUUUGUCAUGGAGUCUAUUUUUAUGAGGUGAUUGAGCAUUUUACAAGCAGGCACGACUGAAGCAGGAGUGACACAAAACUCUUUGGUUAAGUUGGAGGAAUUACAAGUUAUUAUUACUUUCCAUUGAUUGUUUUUUGUAAUUUUGAAGUUCAUCAUCAAACAAACAUUUCCAUAAGAUGUAUUUCAGAUAUUUGUGUGUGUGUGUGUGUGUGUGUGUGUGUGUGUAUAUAUAUCAUGUAGUCAUAUAUGCCACAAAUCACAUAAUAUUUAUCUGAGGUAUACACAUAGAAAAGAGAGGAAAGAAAAAACAAGCUAAAGGAGAAAACAAUGUACACGUAGGGAGUGAUCUUUUUUUACAACAUAUUCAUUGAUUUGUGAGAAUAAAAUCGGGCCUAUGAGGUGUUAUGUAAUUAAACCAUUUUCCCCUCCAUUUAUGUUGUUGUGGCAAUCUAAUGAUUUCUAGUUAACUUCAUAAUGCUGACAACCUGUCGUGCUAUGCAGGUAUUACAACCUUGCAUUUGAAUCUUCAGACAACGGGAAGUUCACCAAGUUGUGAAAAACAGACAAGUUUGCAGGAAAAUUGGGAUCAAGAGCUCCAGGACCUUAUGGCGACCCAAAAGUGCCUUGUCCAUUUCCUGGAAAGGAAAUGCCCAUUGGAGAUGUAUAGUAAACUAUCAAUCAAAUGCAGCUUUGGUCAGAAACAUAUCUUACAAGGUUGUGCAGGUUCAAUAAAUGCUUCCUGAUCAAUAAUGUUUUACAACACUAAGGUAAUCAAGUUAGGGCACUGUCAAUUCUCAUUUAGAAGUUCAGUUGAAAUCAGGCUGGACUGAUAGACAAUAGACAAUAGGUGCAGGAGUAGGCCAUUUGGCCCUUCUAGCCAGCACCGCCAUUCACUGCGAUCAUGGCUGAUCAUACACAAUCAGUACCCCGUUUCUGCCCUCUCCCCAUAUCCCUUGACCCUGCUAUCUAUAAGAGCUCUGUCUAACUCUCUCUUGAAUGCAUCCAGAGAUUUGGCCUCCACUGCCUUCUGGGGCAGAUCAUUCCACAUAUCCACCACUCUCUGGGUGAAAAAGUUUUUCCGCAUUUCUGUUCUAUAUGGCCUACCCCUUAUUCGUAAACUGUGGCCUCUAGUUCUGGACUCACCCAUCAGCUGGAACAUGCUUCCUGCCUCCAGUGUGUCCAAUCCCUUAAUAAUCUUAUAUGUUUCAAUCAGAUCCCCUCUCAUCCUUCUAAACUCCAGUGUGACGAACAUUUCAACUUUGGUACCAGUAAGGUACUCGCAAGGAACUAGCUCAAGUAAACUUAAUGGAUAUGAGGCACAGUGCACAAAACCACAAAAUGUCUACUUACUUAAUCAAAUCAUACUCUAAUAUACAGUUUGAGAUUGAGAAACUUUGGGGGCAAGACCAUAACGUAAACACAAGCGACUCUGCAAAUGCUGGAAAGGUUGAGCAACACAACCAAGGUGUUGGAAGAACUCAACAGGUCAGGCAGCAUCUAUGGAGGUGAGAAAAAGAGUCUGCAUGUCAAGCUGAGAUGCAACAAUGGGACUGGAAAGGAAAGGGAAAAGCUAGACAAAAUUGGUGGUGGGGAGGAAUACAAGCUGGCAGCAAGGUGAGGACAGAUGAGAGAAAAGGUGGGUGGGUGGACGAGAAGGCAUGAACUAAGAAGCUGGGAGGUAGUGGUAAAGGGCUGAAGAAGAAGGAAUCUGAUUAGAGGGAACAGUGGAUCACAGAAGAAAGGGAAGGAGGAGGGGCACCAGAGGGAGGUAAUAGCUAGGUAUGGAGAAGGGGUGAGAGGGGAACCAGAAUGGGAAUGGAAAAAAGAGGGGGGGAGAAAUUACCAGAGGUUAGAGAAAUCGAUGUUGUUUCAGCCAAGCAGAGGAAGGGUUUUGCCAUUAUUGUCCUGAACAGCAACCAGUAUGUGACUGUUUGAUGUUCAGAAUUUUUCUAUCAAUAAUCAUAAAUCCAUACCUCAAUGGAAAGUUACAUAGUUCUAGUUCCAAGGCCACUGAUUUAAUGUAACACAUAAAGAGUUGAGGUAACUUAACAAGUCAGGCAACAUCUAUAGAGGGAAGUGGACAGUUAACAUUUCAGCUGGACUGACUGAGCAUAAAACAUUAACUGCCCACCUCACUCCAUAGCUGCUGCCUGGCUUUGUGCUACGGUGCUCUGUGUGUUGCUUCAGCAUCUAGCUCCACUGAUUUAAUGCUGCAGUUUAAUAUUAAUGUGUUUCUAUAUUUCUUCAGAGGUAUCUCUGUACCAAUAAUGCUGCUAUUCCAAAAAUCUCCAACUUCUCUUCUAUCCAAAUCAGAGAAAGGAAACUCUGAUGAUUUCUCACCUAUAUUCAUAUAUAUUGAAUUAUUCAGAUUAUAUAUGUAUUAGAAUCAGUGUACAGUAAGCUGGUAAUGUUUGCGUACAGAAGAGAACCAUUAGCUCAGACUUACAACCCACACAUCCAUACUUCCCACUGUGCUUGUGGUGCAACGUUUUCCCAGUUAUUAUUCAACCAAUUCAUUAACAAAAACCCACUUAUGGAUCAGAAUCUAUUCCUAGUUUUCAUUUCACUCGAGCAUUUUGUAAGUUGAGACCUUGGUGAUUAAAAUCCAAGUUAGUAAUCAAUUUUGAUGGUAUACUGAAGCAUCAGAUGGUAUUCAGAGACAUAAACUGAGGUCUCUGUAAGUGCACACAAUUGUACUUACUUUGAAACAGCUGUAACCACUUGGGAUUCGGUUUUAUCAUGGAGAUGAAGAGAAGUUACUUCAGAUUUUAGAUAGUUCAAUCAAUAAUGAACCAACAUUCCUUCCACUACCUCUCCCCCAUUAAUCCAGCCUUGCCACUGGAAGGGUGGCUACUUUUUUGGGCAGAACUUGUAUCCAAUCCACUUUGGCCAUCAAUAUCAAUAUUUCAGUGGUCUUGUUAGUGUAAAUCAGCACCACAUGCUGCAAAAGUAAACUAUUACAUUUUUUAAAGUUUGUUCCUCUAAUGACUAUGGCAGUAUUGAGUACAAACAUUUUUUUUAGGAAAUUGGAAUUCUUAUGAACAAGAAGAAGCACCUUCACUCGUCCUUGUCAGUGCAUUGCCUGGGUAACUAAUUUCUUCUCAGCAAGACUACAAAGGAUGCUGCUUCUGGCAUAGGGAUAGGUAACUACAGCCAUAAAGAGAGAUUAAAACUAUAGUCUUAUUUCCAAUGAUAGAAAAAUUAAUAGAGAAAUUAUUGGAGGCUUUGAAAUUAUCUGAAGUUUUAAAACCAUUAAUGUUUCUUUUAAACAGUACCACUCUUUGAUUCAGUAAAUGAAUACAAAGGAUCAUUAUAUUGUUAUACCAAUUGCAAGGAGCAGACUUAGAAGGAAAUUUGUUGAGGAGUUUUGAGCAUUAAUUGCUUUUAUACAAGAAAUAGAUGAGACAGAAUCCAAUGCUAAUUUUAAGUAGAGGUUGAUUAAAUACUUAUGCAGGUGCAAGGUUACAGGAAUGCAGUGGGGAUGUGGGAUUAAUUAUGGAUAACUCUAGCAGUGGGAUGCUGACUUUUUCCUUCCCAAACCAGGGUCACAGAGGGCUGCUUAGGAACAUAAUACUGUCCCAUUGAGAUUAACUCAUGCAGCCCAGACUAAGGAAAGAAACUGAGGCAUUUCCGGUUGAAGUGACAAAGUUAUUUCCUAUCGUUUAACCAUCUAUGGGUCUAGAUAUACAAGGCAUGUAGAAUAUUCAUAAGAACUCAUGAAAUAGAAGUAGGAGUGGGUUAUUUGAGUCUGUGUGUCAGUGCCACCAAACAAUGUGAUUAUGGCUGACCUACCUCUGCACCACUAUCCAUUAACUCCAUAUUCCAUCCUUCCAUCAAUACCUAAACAUGUAUUGAUCUCACUAUUGAAUAUUUACACUGACCAAGUGUACUUAGUCUUUUAGAGGAAAAUUACAAAGAUACAUUACCCUCUGGCUGAAUAAAUUUCUUCUCCUCUCUGUCCCAAAUGGCUGACUUCCUGUUUUGAAACUGUAAACCCUGUUUCUAAACACCAAGACAAGGGAAACAUAUUCCCCAGAAUAAUUCUAUCAAGUCCAGAAGAAAUGUGUACAAUGAGGUCACCUUUCAUUCUUUUAGUCUUAAGUACGUUUGGGUUCAGCCUACUUAAUCUCGCCUCCUUUGACAAACCUGGCAUACUAUGGAUCGAUCUGCUUAAUCUCUUCACAAGUAUAUUCGCCCUUGGGAAGGGAGACCAGUCCUGUGCACAAUAUGUUGGAUGCAGCCUCACCAGGAGCUUAUAUAUCCAGAGUAAGACGUCUCUGCUCUUGUGCUUAAAUGUCCCAAUGUACCAUGGUCUUCAUUUAAUGUUCUAUGUUUACAAAGUCAUCAUUGACUUAGAUUAUCCCUCUCAAAUGCCAUCUGACCUAUAGCUUUCUCUUUUGUUUCAGAUUUCCAGCAACUCUGUCUUCUACUUCUCAGAGGUCCAGUGCAUUUCCACUUUCUCUAUUUCCCACAUUUUUAAUUUCUCUAUUCACUUUCCUCCAGCUGGGUGUACUUUUCAAUCAUUUGGACAGCACUAACAGCAAUUGUGUUACUCAGUAAACUUACAUCACAGGCAUUUCCUCUGUUCUUUCCAUUUUUUACAAAUUAAAAAUGUUAGCUUUUACUCUUUUCCAUUGCUAAUAAAGGAGCAUUAACCUGAUUCUUCCCACAUGGAUGCUGUCUGACUUGCUGAAUGUCAUAGCUUUCUUUUUUGAUUUCAGAUUUUCAGCAUCUGCAGGUUUUGUUUUCACUUUUCAAGUCAAAACAUUGUUUACCAUCCUAAUUCUCUGCUCUACCUACGUUAACUUUGAGUGAUUCAGAAAGAAUGAAAGAGCACAGUGAAAGUAAUUGGAGGUUUACCCUGUGAUUCCAUGUGCAUUGAGAUUUUAGAGCAGAGAGGCCAUUUUUGAAUCUCAUAUAAUGUUACUCUUUAAACAGUUGGGUUAUAUAAUCUGAAACCUGCUGCUUCAUUUUAGUGCUCUGAUACAACCAGUCCUUGGAGCAAUGUGUUUCUAAGCCUCUUAGUAUUGUGGGUAACUUCAUUUGCUGCUUGAAGAUGUGUUCAGUUGCAAUUGUUGGACACUGAGGAGUACUUGAUAGUGUAGAUACUCUUGUCACUUUUACAGUGGGAUCGCUGCUCACAAUAUUCAAAUACUACUUUCAGACCUGAGGAUGUCCUAGAAGUAACAGUUUCUUAUUAAGACCUCACCUUAGCUUACUAUCAACAACAUUAGGCACUGCAUUCUCUUUCUCACGUAAUCUCUAUAAGGGAUGAUCCACAUCCAGCCACUGAAGAAAAUGAGUCAGGCAGUCUCCUGUCCUUUAUCGUGAUUUCACUUCACCCAGGUGGAAUGAGAGGCUCACCCUCCCGGAAAGCUCUGACAAAUUCUAGGAUGCACUGACACAAAAACCCGGCAACACAGAUCCCACUUCCUUGGCACUUGGGAAUAACAGUAUUCUUCUGCCAUGUGGGAGUACUCUGUUUGGACACAGCUUGGAAUGUAGUAUAAAUGUAUUAUUGGGCAUGGACUCCGGAGUCACGGAAACCUUGCCCUAUGCAACGUUUCUCAAAGAAACAAAGUGAGUGUGUCUUUCAUUACAACCUGACAAAUAAUUUAAUUAAUGAGUUAUCUCAAAACUGAUUUAGAAUAAGAGCAGCAUGAACAAUAUUGUGCUAUUUGUGUACUUUAUAAUGCAGCCAUACCUUGGGAAACUUGGAAGUAUUUUAUUAAUGAUAUGAAUUUCUGAUCUCAGCAUCACCAUAUGAUCACAAUGUUAUCACUGUACUUCUGAGCAACAAUUAUCUGUGAAAGGGUGAAAAGUACUUGAAUAAAAUGAAUUCAC